AUGGCCGACGUCGAGAUGGACAUUGACGAGCAGCCCCAGCAGCAGCAGCAGGAGGGGGAGACGGACACCCAGCAGCAGCAGGCCCACGACGACGGCCAGGCGCCCCCGCGCAAUGAGUCGCAGAUGCAGACGCACGGCCGCGCGACCGCCGUCCGCUCGAUCGAGGGCUGGAUCGUCAUCGUGACCAACGUCCACGAGGAGGCCGACGAGGAGGCCCUGCACGACAUGUUUGGCGAGUACGGCGAGAUCAAGAACCUGCACCUGCCCCUCGACCGGCGGAGCGGCUACGUCAAGGGAAAGAACAGCGACCGCCACGGCGGCGGCGGCAGCGGCGGAGGAGGCGGCGGCAGGGCUCGCGCCCAGAACCGCGGGAGGGGGAGGAGCCGAAGCCGCAGCAGGACACCGGGCGUCGCUGCCGGGGCCGACAAGGCGGCGGACGUCGAUGCCGAGUAA